CAUUCAUUCUUGCGCAUGCGCUUUAUGAACUUAGUGCAUAAAUCUUACUUCCACAAGAAAGCCGAUUUGAAAGCAGAAAACAUCGUCUCAGUAUGUCAAGAACACCGAAUUUCCACAUGAAUCCAUAUUCUGGGGGUACACCGAAUAGAAAUCCAGGAUUUUCUCCAUACCACGGUCAAAAUAGAGGUGCAAUGGGUCCCCCAGGUGGAAACAGGCAUGGCUACUUCCCCCCUAGCCCUCAGCAAGUAGAAGCUCCAAUGAUAGGUGGAGGGAUUAUUCCAGGCCAACGGUACCCCUCGCAUAACAACUCCCCUUUCACUCCGCCCGCAUUCCAGCAGUCCCCCUACCAGCAAAGCCCAGGAUCUUCACCCUAUGACUCACCCAAUAGAGGAGGAGGGAGAGGGGGCUACCAGAGGAGAGACUCCAGGGGCAGGGGAAGGGGAGGCGGCGGCGGAGGCGGACGAGGAGGGAUUCAGUUCACACCGUCGGGUCAUCAGCAGUUUCACAACAGAAAAAGAUUUUCAGGAGGAAGUCCAUACCAGCGAGGUCAGCAUGGAGGCAACUCAUCGGUCAUAGAGCGUUACUUCAAGCCAUCCAUGCUAGAGGAUCCAUGGAAGAAGCUCAUCGCAAAGAAAUCCUCUGGUCCAGUGUCAUAGCCAGCAAACGAUGUAAACUGUGUAUGGAAGAUUUUGGUAGCCGGUGGUGGCGGCGGAUAGUUGAUGACUGUCUGCAGGCAAUGGUUAGAGGUGGUUGUCUAGAAAGAGUGAAUUGCAUGUGUCAUCAAUGUGUCUGGACAUCUUGCAUGCCUGGUGGUG